AUGUCAGGACUCUAUGUUGAUGACUAUAAAGUAUCGGUAAAAUAUUGUAGUGGCCAGUCAGUGGGUUCGUACACAAUGUCGUACGGCAUUGAGAUGAUCCGGCGCCACGUGGCGGAGUACAUCGAGCAACGCGAUGGACACAAGGCCAACUGGCAGGACAUCUGCCUCACUGCGGGUGCGUCCACCGGUAUCAAACACGUCUUGGAACUAUUCUGCAAUGAAGUCGACUGCAAGCCAACCGGCAUCAUGAUACCGAUCCCGCAAUACCCGUUAUACUCGGCUACGCUCACGGAAUUCGGGAUAGGUGACAUUAAGUACUACCUAGACGAGGACAACGGCUGGGCGCUAAACAUCUCCGAGCUGGAGCGCGCCUACGAGGAGGGGAGCAAGACACACGCCGUGCGCGCCAUCGUAGUCAUCAACCCCGGCAACCCCACAGGGCAGGUUCUGAAACGUGGUAACAUUGAGGAGAUAAUAAAGUUUGCACAUAAAAAAAAGCUACUUAUAUUCGCGGACGAAGUGUAUCAGGCCAACGUGUACGACAAGGACAGCAAGUUCUUCUCCUUCAAGAAGGUGAUGACGGAAAUGAGUUCGCCGCACAACUGUGUGGAGCUGGCGUCGUUCAUGUCGAUCAGCAAGGGGUACACGGGGGAGUGCGGGCUGCGCGGCGGCUGGAUGGAGCUCUGCAACCUGGACCCGGGCGUACAGGAAAACCUAUACAAGGCCAUGUCUGCCAUGCUCUGUCCCCCCACUAUCGGGCAGAUCGUCGUUGAUUGUGUUGCGAAAACUCCUGCGUGUGGCGAGCCAUCGUACGAAUUGUGGAACCAGGAAAAAUGUGCCAUUCUGGACUCAUUGAAAGAGCGAUCCGUAAUGAUCGUGAAAGCCUUCAACAGCAUGAAAGGUUUCAAGUGUAACAUGGUGCAGGGUGCAAUGUACGCUUUCCCGCGUAUCGAGCUACCGGAAAAGGCGAUAGCGGCAGCUAAGGCAGAAGGGAAAUCACCAGACGUGUUCUAUGCCUUCAAACUCUUGGAGCAAUCUGGUAUCUGCAUAGUCCCCGGCUCCGGCUUCGGCCAGCGUCCUGGCACCUACCACUUCCGCACUACCAUACUGCCGCAGAAGCCACUCCUCAAGGAGAUGCUGAACAUUUUCCAAAAUUUCCAUAAAAAGUUUGCCGAACAGUACGCGUAAUGACCAGUCCUCAUUUACUGUGUAAUACCUAGGUGCUGACUGGUUUGCAACAACUUUAUCGAAAAUGCCGCCGGCUUAUUCAUGUAGAUAACUGAGAUAAGCUAAAAAGGGCUUGUAACUACUCGCACACAAUAAAUCAAGUGAUGGACCCAGCCUGGCACUAGAAACGAAUGGCGAAUAUACCUAAGUAUGUUUAUAUUUGUAUACUGUAUGGUUGUACAGGCGACGGUGGACAGUCUGAGUGCGAGCGCGCCGUCGUACCUUGUAUCGUGCGCGUAUACUCAGGGUUUAUCAAAUUUUAAUUCAUCAAAUGUUUACUUGUAAGCUUUGUGCAGCCCAUGUUAGUUACGGGGUUAAGUGCACUGUCUGCGAGGGCAUUUUCUUUUUCCCUGCUCUGGCAUUACCUCUGCGGAGGCUGUGCAGCCAGCCCCUGAGCCUCCGCUAAAUCCACGUCAUCUUCAGAUUCAGGCACCGUUCUAUUAGAGCUAAAGAGAUUAUCCAGCAAAAAGAAACCAUUGUCGGGAUUAAUGGAGGACUUGAAAGCCAUAAAAGCAGAACUGUCAGCGUUAAAAUCUAUAAGAAAUGAGUUUUCAGAUAUUAAAAUAUUCAUUACGGACCUCAAAGCUUAGAUGGAAUUUGUACACAAUUCUUGUUGAGCUCACAAGCAAGGUGUCGGGCUUAAAAGAAAAAAACUAAUGAAAUGCGCCGCCGCCGCAAGUAGAAGUAAGUGUGAGCUGGUGUUUGCAGAGGGCGCGUUGGGCGCGCAAACUCGAGUAUGUAGCCAGUAGCUGCGCGACAAUCACCGCGUCGUAUGUCGCGCAUUGCUGCUCAUGAAAAUGAGCCUCUAGUAUGGCUUGAAACUAGUCGAGUUCCUCAUCAAGCAGUUACGUGAGUAAGCCGAAAACGAUAAUAAUUAAGGAUGUCUUCCUAUAAAUAUCUAAUUAUCUCAUUACGUCAAUCGACAAGCACCUCAACUGGAAAGGCACAUUGAAGCACUGUGUCAGAAAAUGAGUAGUUCCUCGUUCCAUACACUUAAUAGAUAGAUAUUAUUAUAUAACUGACAGUUGUGAGUCAUACUGCUAAAAUCAUAAAAUUGUAACACUCCCACCCAUGUAUAUUUGUAUAUCUAUGAAGCUGCUCUAUGCGUUCAGUUAAAUUUACUCUUGCUUUUUCAUAAUAUCUGACAGUGUGAAACGUACAGUAACCAACCCGCUGUUUUCACUGUAGAAUCUGAAAUUUAAAAAUGUAUUCAACGUUCUCAUUGUUAUUUAUUCAACGAUAUUCCCAUUCAUGUAUUAAGGUAAAGUGUUGAGUACAGGCGAAAUGAAAGGUUGUUUUGUCGAAAACGUAAAACUGCUACGUGGAAAAGUAUGUUCUGCCGAGACCCUCCACUUAACAAUAUGGUUAAAAUGUAAAUCAAAGUAGUCGUUUAUUUUGAUUUACAAAUUAACUUUUGUAGUGCUAUAAAUAUUCCUAUUAAUUUAAAUGAUUACUCGAAAGAUCUGAAAUCUUGGUUGACAUGUA